AUGAACAAAAAGUUAGAUCGUAACUACUAUGACAUUCUAGAGAUUGACAGAACAGCUGAAGAUACAGCUAUUAAGAAGGCCUACAAAAAAGCUGCAUUGAUACAUCAUCCAGAUAAGGGAGGCUCAGAUGAGAUGUUCCAGUAAGUGCAAGAAGCUUACUAAGUCCUUCAAGAUGCUGUGAAAAGGGCAGACUAUGAUAAGGUAACACCUUCAUCCAUUUUUUCUUCAAUUAAUGAUUAUUUUCAGGACUUGAAAAAGUACAAUUUGAAAGAUGGUAUGAAAAAGACCUAGGGAGCUGAUUCAAAAGGAUUUGCCGGGAAGACAUAAACCAAAGCCUAGCCAGAAUUUUCAAAGCAUCACACUUAGGAAUUUGACGAUAAAACUAAGUUCAGCAAAUAGAAUACCUUUGUUGAGAUACCAUAAAAUCUGAGCACUCUUGGAGCAAAAGAUCUCAAAGUUAUACUUGAGAGUCUUGGCAUUAAGAGUGAUGAUUGCUUUGAAAAGAAUGAUUUGAUUAACAGGAUCAAGGAGUACUAAGAAAACAAGAAAAAUAAGGGAGCAUCAUCCAAGCCUGAGCCUCAUAGAAGGUAGAGUGAUUUCGCACAGCACACUUCAUCACAAGGUGCUACAGGCACAAGCUAGAAUAAAGAAAAUGCAAAGCCGAAAGCAUCUGCUUCAGGUGCGGCUAACUAAGGUCCUUAUUCAUGCAUGCCGAUUCCAGAGCAGGUUUGCUUCAAAAUAAUUUCAAUAGGAAAUCAGGAAGUGGGUAAAUCAUGCUUGAUUAAAAGAUACUGUGAGGAAAAAUUUGUUGAGAGGUACAUUAGUACUAUUGGCAUCGAUUACGGUGUCAAGAAACUGAAAAUCAAGGGAUAGCCUAUUGCUAUAAACUUCUUUGAUAUGUCUGGAAAUGAAGAUUAUAAACUAAUUAGAACUGAAUUUUAUGAGGGAGCGUCUGGUGCUAUGAUGGUGUUUGACCUCGAUAAUAGAGACUCCUUUAACUCCUUAAUACAUUGGGAGGAUGAAAUGAAAAAGAACGGAGUAGAUUCAGCCAGAUUAAAGAUUGUAGUCUGUGGGAAUAAAUCUGACUCCAAAGGUCGUGAGAUUAACUCGAAGGAUGCCUAGAAAUGGGCUAAAAACAAGGGAUGGGAAUACUUUGAAACAAGCGCCUAGAAUGGUUCAAAUGUGUCUGACGCUUUCUUAGCACUAUUCGAGAUGUGCUACAACUAAUUCCUUGCUGAUAAAAAGUAAUUCGGUCUGUGA